ACGUCUCUCUCUCUCUCUCUCUCUCGCUUUCGCUGCAACCGAAGAAAAAGGUUCAAAGUGUUACCGGGUCUAUCUCUACCUCUCUCUCUCUCUCUCUCUCUCUCUCCUGUGCCUGUGAAUUUUCUUGGAGUUAUAGAGGGAGAGGGGACUGUCAACGUUACUAUCACUCUCUCUCUCUGCAUAUGUUCUUGGAAAUACAGAGAAAGGUGGAAGAGAUUGACUGAGGAUCAAAAACUUUGGAAAUAGUUUCUGGGUUUUGUUGAAAAUUCUUUAGCUUGUUAGGGCGAGUGAAUUUGCAUCGUUAAGAUGUUUGGGUGUCAGUGUUUGUGCUGGGAAACUGAGUCCGAGUUCUAUUCAUCUGAGCCUGAGCCUUUCUCUCUGCCUGCACCUCUCCCAGACUGGCCAGAAGGCCAAGGUUUUGCUACUGGAAGAAUAUGCUUAGGUGAAAUAGAAGUUCUCAAAAUCACCGAGUUUGAGAGCAUUUGGAGCUGCGAUCUGUUGCAUGGAAAAACAAAAGGUCACGCAUUCUACAAACCUGUGGGGAUCCCAGAUGGCUUUUUCUGCCUUGGUCACUACUGCCAGCCCACUAACCAGCCAUUGAGAGGGCAUGUUCUUGUGGCUCGUAGUGCCGCUUCUCCUGAGGAGGAAGUUGGUUCUAUCCAUGAGCCACUAUUAGGCUUGCCAGCUCUAAGAAAACCCCUUGACUACACACUAAUCUGGAGUGCAGAAACACAGCACAAUGGUUGUGGUUACUUUUGGCUUCCAAACCCUCCAGUGGGUUAUAAAGCGAUGGGAUUUGUGGUUAAUGACAAGCCUGAGCAGCCCAAGCUUGAAGAAGUUAGAUGUGUCCGAGUGGAUCUUACAGAAAGUUGUGAAACAUGUGAUCUUUUACUUGCCACAGAUUCAAAGUCUUCCAAGUACCCAUUUCAGGUUUGGAACACAAGACCCUGUAAAAGGGGCAUGUUGUGUAGAGGUGUUUCUAUUGGGACGUUCUACUGCACCACCUACUUGGAUCCUGAAGAAGAGUUGGAUAUCGCAUGCUUGAAGAAUCUUGAUUCAACCCUACAUGCUAUGCCAAAUCUGAACCAGAUUCAUGCGCUAAUUAAGCAGUAUGGGCCAACCGUUUUCUUCCAUCCUGAUGAGGUUUAUUUGCCUUCAUCAGUGCAAUGGUUUUUCAAGAAUGGGGCACUUCUAUACCAAGAUGGCAAUCAGAUGGGUGAACUCAUUGAUUACAGGGGCUCAAACUUGCCUAGUGGUGAGACAAACGAUGGAGCAUUUUGGAUAGAUUUGCCAAACGAUGAUGAAGCGAGAGGCAAUCUCAAGAACGGAAACUUAGAAAGUGCAGAGCUCUAUGUUCAUGUAAAACCAGCACUGGGAGGAACUUUUACUGAUAUAAUGAUGUGGGUUUUUUGCCCUUUCAAUGGACCUGCCACCAUUAAAGUUGGGUUAGUGAGUAUUGCUAUGAGCAAGAUAGGGGAACAUGUUGGUGACUGGGAGCACUUCACCCUCCGUGUGAGCAACCUCACUGGAGAACUUUGGAGUGUGUUCUUCUCGCAGCAUAGUGGCGGUGAAUGGGUAGAUGCUUUUAACUUGGAGUUUGUUGAAGGGAAUAAGCCCGCCGUAUAUUCAUCAAAAAGCGGUCACGCUAGCUUCCCACAUCCAGGGACAUACCUUCAGGGGUCAUCGAAGCUGGGAAUAGGAGUGAGAAAUGAUGCUGCCAGAAGCAAAUUUAUUGUUGAUUCGAGCACUAAGUAUCAGAUUAUUGCAGCUGAGUAUCUUGGUGAUGGAAUCAUUAAGGAACCAUGUUGGUUGGAAUAUAUGAGAGAAUGGGGUCCAACUAUUGUGUAUGAUUCGCGAUCAGAACUCGAAAAGUUAAUUGAUCUUCUUCCACUCUUUGUUAGAUUUUCAGUGGAGAAUAUAUUUGAAUUGUUUCCAACAGAGCUUUAUGGUGAAGAAGGGCCAACUGGCCCAAAGGAGAAGGAUAAUUGGGAAGGAGACGAAAUAUGCUAGCUUUUCCUUUCAAAAGUAUUAUCUGAUCAUUUUCUUCCCCACUUCAGAUGUGUUAGAAGGGAUUGGUGUAGUUACUUCAGUCACCAGAUUUCUGCCAAAUCAGGAUAAUUGGGAAGCAAGAUAGAUGUGUAUCCUGGUAGAUUUACUGCCAGUGUAACAAAUAUGACAUGUAAUUCUUGUUGGUUCAUCCAUUUGUCGAGUGCAGUGAACAAAUGCUUUCACUGCUUGCAGGGAUCCUACUCCUAUAAGAUAAAUUCUGUUCCAA